CAGAAAAGACGACGUAAACAAAGCAGAGAGCUACAAGUCAGCUAACGCCAAGUAGCUAAUGUUCGUGAGUAAAAUACCAAAUGGAGCUGUAUUAGGGUAAUUUGAUAAAAUCUGUUUUAUUGUAUUGGUGAGCACAACCUCCAGACUCACUCAUGUGCCGAGAUUGAAACUAAACAAGUUAACAAGAGACCGUUAUCGCUAGCUACUUUAGCUUUAGCUAACCUUGGGUAACGGGACACAGAUUUUGUGAUUCUGGAAAUCGAUGUUAUCUAAAAUAACUUUUAUUGAUAACACGGUGGUUACAGCCACUUGGUUCAUCGCUGUGUAGGCCGGCCGUUUUAAAAAGCUGCCAACGUUGAAACUAUCAUGAGUUAGCUCGCUAUGUAGCCGAUUUAGGUUAAGAGUCGAUCAGCUGGCCGGAUCGUGGUGUCACGCGCUGGACUCGGACUGCGAUGUUUAGCCUGAUGGCGAAUUGUUGCAACUGGCUAAAACGUUGGCGAGAGCCCGCAAGGAAAGUGACUCUGGUGAUGGUCGGACUGGAUAAUGCAGGGAAGACAGCCACAGUGCGAGGAAUCCAAGGAGACAAUCCCCUUGAUGUGGCUCCAACUGUAGGUUUUUCCAAGGUUGACCUAAAGCAGGGCAAGUUCGAGGUGACCAUCUUCGACCUCGGUGGCGGGAAGAGAAUCCGGGGCAUCUGGAAGAACUACUACUCCGAGUCACACGGCGUGGUGUUUGUGGUGGACUCCAGCGAUGUCCAGCGGAUCCAGGAGACGCGGGAGACCAUGGCAGAGGUCCUUCAGCACCCACGCAUCGCCGGCAAACCUGUGCUAGUACUGGCGAACAAACAGGACCAGGAGGGAGCGCUGGCUGAGGCGGACAUCAUUGAGAACCUGUCGCUAGAGAAGCUUGUGAACGAGAACAAGUGUCUGUGUCAGAUCGAGCCUUGCUCUGCAGUGCUGGGUUAUGGCAAAAAGGUCGACAAGUCCAUUAAGAAGGGCCUGAACUGGCUACUCAACAACAUUGCCAAAGACUAUGAGGCCAUUACUGAGCGUGUGCAGAAGGACACAGCCGAGCAGCGCGCUCAGGAGGAGCAGGACAAGAAGGAGCGGGCGGAGAGAGUGCGGCGGAUACGAGAAGAGAGAGAACGACAGGAGCGGGAAGAGGCAGAACGAGAAGGCAGGCCGAUCCAGGAAGAGGAGCCCGAUGAUGAAAACAUACCCAGCCCCUUCCAGCCAAUCAGCAGUGUAAUCUCUGAGAAUGAGGAUAAAGAGAAGGAGAGGAAGAGGCAGAGAGAGCAGCAGGAGGGCAGGACUAACAGCCCGAAGGCUGAUGCUGAUCAAGAGGACGAGGAGUGCGAGGAGGACAACGACGAGGAACCCGACGACUCAAGACAGACGCCGGAAAAUGCCAGUUCAGCCGCAACAGGCGAGCAAAGCAAGAAGAAGACGAGGAAGCUGCACCUGAAGAGGAAGCACCGUGUGGACCCGCUGAGGACAGAGGACGGGCCGGCAGAGAGCCCCACCCCUCCACCUCCUCCAGUGGGAUGGGCGACACCCAAAGUUUCUAGGCUGCCAAAACUAGAGCCACUGGGGGACUCGAAACACUCUGAAUUUUUCAGGAAGCCUCUCCCGCCUGUAGCGAACAGGCUGCGGCCUAACGGCGAUGCUCACGACGUCAUUUUUUAACCACUUGUAGUGAUCGAGGUUGACUCCCGACCAAUCACAGCUCUCCCCUUUUUUGCUUUCUGUCUCAAGCGAGCGGUGUGUAGACAGCCGCCACAAACACACACACACACACAGAGAAAGAGAGAGAGAGAGAGAGAAGACGACUCGGGACGCAGGGGGGCCAGUGAGCCAGGGGAAGUGCGACGGACACGAAACGCAGGAGCAUCGUGGGAAAUGAGGUCCUGCUCGGAAGCUGCAGUUCGGUUUUACAAACGGACACGAUUCAGCGUGAAGCGCUGAACUCGACUGAACUGAUUUUGUCAGGUUGUGUCUUCGCUCGACAAAAGCACGUUCAGUGCUGAAGUAUUUCGCUACUGUAGACUGAAACUUUUAUUUUUAUUUUUAUUUUUUGUUAAUAUCAGUGUUAAACAGUUUGGACUCCGUUUGUCUGACUGAAAUGCUUUUAAUUGACAAAGACUGUAAAUAUAUUAAUUAUAACCAUAUACAUGUUUAUGUCUGUUACUGAAUAUCGGAUUCAUAUACACACUGUCGUUAAAAAUGACCAUAUUUUAUUCAUUUAUUUUUACAUCUUCGGUUUUGCAGUGACAUUGAAGAUACAUAUGAUAUUGUGGAUGUACCUGAAUAUGUGUAAAAAGGACGAGUGGCUUUUUUUCUUUUUUUUUUUUAUAGCUGAGGGCUUCAAAUUUGAUCAUUUCAAGAUCAAAAAAAUUUCCUUUUUUUUUUUUUUUUUUUUUACAAAAGUGCCGUGAAAUGAGGAUGAAUCACAGCGUGGUGGCUGACACGGGUGAGUUGUGGAUGUAAUUAGCGACACAACGCUGAACUGUACAUGGAAAAGUGUUACACUACAUUGUGAUCGUUAACUGGUCACAUUGAUUAAUGAAUGUCAUCAUGCUUCACUUAAUUACUGUAAAGUUUUUAUGGUCAAGAAAAGAGAAAUCUGUAAUAGGCAACAUUUUUUGUCUCUUGCCAGCAGCAUCAUUAAGGAUCUUUUUAUUUAUUGUCAAAAAUGUAAACAUAUGAAAAUAUAUAUGUCUUUAUAUGUCUACAGGGCUACAGACUUUUUAUGCAUUCUGCUGUUCACACUGUGUACCUGUUUUUAAAGUGGUAUUUCCCUUGAGGCAGGAAGCAGCCUCACACUUGCUGCCUCUCAGGUGGCCCUGAGGUGUGAGCCAGCGUUGUUGUUGUUCCAGCUUUUCAGACUCUGCCUUCUGCACCCAUCCUCACUUUGAAAACAGCUGAAAAUAGAUACAAUUACAUCUCAAAAAAGCACAAAUAUAAAUCUGGAAUAAAAAAAAUGUAAAAAACCCCAUAGUUGGAACACUCCAUUGCCCCAGUUAAGUUUAUGUUGGAACAGUUUGCAGUGGGACGAUGGGGGAGGAGAAAGUAUCACUACACCGACACCUGGAACAGCCAAUAUUGGGUCAGAACACAUGAGAAUAUGUGUAGCAAAAGUAAGAAGAGGAAAUACCACUUUAAAAGCACAAUAUUGAAUUUCAAAGCUACAGUACAACACUCACUCUCUUGUUAAUGAGCUAGAUGUUUGAAAAAAAAUAUUUUUUCUACCCAGUUUGAAUUUUA